GCCUCCCUCUGUUCCAUGGAGAGGACAGAGAUGGGAGGCGAGGACUCCGUGAAGAAGCCGCCUACGGUGGAGCAAUUGCCGCCGGGGCCGUCCACUCCUUCGAUCUCACAGCCCAAGACGACCCCUGGCUCAGAUCCGGGGCCUUCGCAGGACAAGGCCCAACUCGAUACCUUGCUUGGUAUCCUAGCGGCUUCUUCUUCGACGUUGCCACCAGCGGCUCAGCAGAUGAUUGCAACCAUACAGGAGAGCAGUGUCAACAGUGCGACGAAAGCCAAACACAAGGCCGUGGCGGAGCAAGCACGUGCUCAACAGGCUCUGGCGAAGACCCAGACCCAGCACACUGCUUACCUCCAGGCCUGGCAACAGUACAUCACCCAGCUGGCAAGUUUGCUAGAGGGGCAGAUUCAGGAGCAGGCGGCUAUUUUGGAGGAGUUCGACCAGGCGGAGCUAGCAUGGACACAGACCGAGCAUGCCGCGACACAACAGCUGGCCAAGUUGACCAGCGAUGUGCGAGAGUCCGAGAGUGCAGAAAAGGAAGCCGAGGAAGCGGACCAAGUAGUGGACAUGGCCAUCGAGCAGGAGCAGAAGCUCAAGGCCGCCUCGGAGGAAAGCCAGCACGCGGCAAAGCGCAUGCUACAUGCCCUCACGGACAUGAGGAACACUGCCGCGGAACAGCUCCAAAAGGUUAUGCAUGGGCCGAAUGAUCUCCCCGAAAGGGUUGAGUCUUCUAUCGAAUAUGAUCCGACAUAUGUGGGGAUCCUAGAGAAGGUCAUGUUGACCAUCCUGUCCAUACCUGCUACGAUCGAGAGCUACGGCAAGCUAAGGCCUGUGACUCUUCAGAAGCCCUCGCCUCUGCUUUCCAUGUGUGGAGCUCUACCUGAGUGCCAGGUCUCCGGCAGGGGUGCCGAGAUUUUUGGCCAAGCGAGUGAGAGUGCUAUGUACAAAUACCAAGCCGACUCCGUCGGUACCGUGCACUUUGAUACGGUCACACCACAGCCGAGCUUCUUCAACAGCUGGGUUAAGCCCUCUACCAUUGCCUACAUGAGGGUGCCCAGCCUACCUGUGGCCUGGCAGAGCACUGAGGACGAGGCAGGAGUCCUUGAGCAGGCUGAGCUCUUGCCGAGUGGUGUGCUCGCUGCGCCAGGAGCUCAUUUGCCAAUCGCCGACCUCGGUAUGUUUCAGCUU